ACGCCAGCUGUUCCCAAGCUGGAAAUAACCCCGCGGCUUGGGCGGGCUCCUGAGUGCCGGGCUCGCUCCUGCCUCGCCCGCCGCAGCCGCGGCGUCCCUGCUGCGCCGCUGUCAGUGGCCUUCGCCUGAGCCCCGCGAGCUGGGCUCUGUAGCGGGGUGGGCGAAAGGGCUGCUGAGGUGGGCGGCUGCCCCCGUAAAGAGUUUGGGCCAGGGCUGGUUGUGUCACUGCCCGUGGGCGGGUUUCAUCUCCCAAGCGGAGGGUGACCAGGCGGCCCUCCAGCGCCGAGGGCCAGCGAGCUGUGGGUCUGCCCCUCUGCGGGCUGGGGGUGCUCCGAAGUGACUGUGUCCCCUGGGGCAGCAGCCGCCGCCGCCGCCGCCUGGCGAGUGGACCAGAGCGGAAAUCGUGGUGAGCAGCUACACACACAGACCCUCCCUGAGUGAUCCGUCGUCCGUCCACGAGGAGCCAAGGAUCUGCCCCGGAAAAGAGUCUCUUCCACAUGUAGACCUCUUCUGUGCAAAAGGAAGUGUCAGCUGCCUCUGCAGCACCAUCUCCCUCCAUCUUUGGACCUGAAGAGAGCUAUCUGAAGAUCUCUAGAUCCCCAUGUGGGGAGAGCAUGGACCAGGGCGGGGAACCAGUGGAACAACUUCAACAGGAGAGACUAAAGGAGCCUCACAGCUAAGAGAUGGCAAAUCCCCAUUUAAAUCCUCUCUCCUCACAGGUCAGAGAUUCACCAAGCAAAUGUCCUUGAAGAUGGACUCAACUCCAACUCCAAUAAACCCUGAAGUUACUUGCUGUUUGCUAAAUAUUAGCUUUUGUUCAGCCCUCCUGAUAUCUGAAAAAUAUUUCCUCAAAGACAGAUCUCUAUUUUAACCAUUUUAACCACAGCCAUCUGCAGACGUUUCUCCAUGGCCUUUUUCUGGCAAGCAACAUGAAAAAAUGGCAACAAUCAAAGCAUUAACAGGAAGACUUUUUAGCUCUUCUUUCUCCCACUUCAUGUUUGUCAGGGAUGGCAUGCAACGACACUCCCAUAGACAGUGAUCUUGCUCUCAAUCAGAGUACCCCAUCCAUAGGCUCCAGUUACAUAGCUCAGCCUGCCCCAUUCAGGAUAUUGUUGGUAAUAAUAAUGGUAUUCAUGAUUGCCGUUGGAUUUUUUGGUAAUGCCAUUGUCUGCCUCAUUGUCUACCAGAAGGCAGCCAUGCGUUCAGCCAUCAACCUGCUGCUAGCAACUUUGGCCUUUUCUGACAUCAUGCUGUCUUUGCUCUGCAUGCCUUUUACUGCAGUUACAAUUAUUACAGUGAACUGGAACUUCGGAGCUCACUUCUGUAGGAUAUCAGCUAUGCUCUAUUGGUUAUUUGUCUUGGAAGGAGUCUCUAUACUCUUGAUCAUUAGUGUGGACCGUUUCUUAAUUAUUGUUCAGCGGCAAGACAAGCUGAACCCUCACCGUGCCAAAGUCCUCAUCGCCAUGUCUUGGGCACUGUCCUUCUGCAUUUCCUUUCCUUCAGUGAUUGGACGGACCUUUGUGGAAGUACCAGCCCGGGCUCCCCAGUGUGUUCUGGGGUACACUGAAUUUCCUGCUGACCGAGCUUAUGCCGUGAUGCUAGUUGUGGCAGUUUUCUUCAUGCCUUUCAGUGUCAUGCUGUAUUCUUACCUUUGCAUUCUAAAUACCGUGCGGCGCAAUGCCCUAAGGAUCCACAACCAUGCUGAGAGCCUUUGCUUGGGCCAGGUGAGCAAACUAAGCCUCAUGGGACUACAGAAGCCUCAGCAGAUGAAUGUGGACAUGAGCUUCAAAACCAGAGCCUUCACUACAAUUCUCAUUCUGUUCAUUGGCUUUUCACUCUGCUGGCUUCCACACACCGUGUUCAGCUUGCUCUCUGUGUUUAGCAGACAGUUCUACUACAGCCCUUCUUUCUACAUCACCAGCACCUACAUCUUGUGGCUGAGUUACCUCAAGUCAGUGUUUAACCCUGUCGUCUACUGCUGGAGAAUCAAGAAAUUCCGUGAGGCCUGCAUGGAGUUCAUGCCUAAAACAUUCAAGAUCCUUCCUAAAGUGCCUGGACGAACAAAGAGGAGAAUCCAGCCAAGUACAAUAUACAUCUGUAGUGAGACCCAGUCAGCUGUUUAGGAAGAAGCUGUGGGCCAGUGAGGGAAAAGUUAUGAAAGGACUGGUUAAAGUGGCAAUAGUUCAUUUCUACUAUUUACUUUCUGCAUUUGUCACAAAUCUUUAAAGGGAUGCUGUGCUCCAUUGUUCUGUGUGUUAAGAUUGUAUUUCUAACUUCCCCAAGCUUACAAAUAACUCAUUAGUACUGCUUCAAUUAAAACCACUUGGGGCAAUAAUGUUGCAAUACUUGGUGCCAUGUAAAAAUGUCACUUGUGACCAAAUAUAUAGUCACACACCAAUACCUCUAGAAGCUGGUACUAGGUGAGGUGCAUAUGGCCACUAACACAUUUUUAUAUUGUGACAAUGACUAACAGUUUUGUAGCUUUUCAUUUUUUAAAAUAGCCAUAGCUGUCAUAUCCUGUGCAGCUCCCCAAGCGAGAUUUUUCAUGGAGGAGCUUUUUCUCACUGUGCUUCUCUUCUAUUACCUAAUUUGUUCAUUGACACUUGUAUACACUUUCCAUCAGAGAAUCUUAAUAUAACACAUACCUGUGAGAUGGCUCUUACCUCCAUUUUACAGAUGAGAAACUGAGGCACAUAAAGGCGGUCUCGGGGGACACUGGCACUCUAUUGCAGACCAGAAAUAGAGUGCUGAAGUCCUGGCUUCCAAUCUCAUGCAUUGACCUGUAGCCUAUCCUUCUUUUAUUUCUAUCUUCAGCAUUCUCUCCUCUCUUGGUUACAUACGUUCGUUUCCUUUUGUGUUCAUCGCUCUUGUUUGACCUAGUUCUUUCUCCCCCUGCAGAGGCCUUUGUUUUCCAGUUCUACCUUCCCAACAUUUUCCUUGUCACUGCCCUCUGGUCCUGUCCUACUUCCCCAGUUUGUCAAGCUGUAUCCUGUAUCUCACCCCAAGAUUGGUCCCUCCACGCAUGCCAUGCGUGUUGUCUCUCCGUGAUCCUGUCCCUUGCGUAGGGAGUGUGGUGGUGGUACAUGUGCCUCUUGGCCCUAAACAGCAACAAGAGGUAGAUGCGCAAGAGAACCCAUAUGAAGCAUCCAGUGCUGGUGAGCUUUUCCUUCAUGCUGCCUGCUGCAAUAUGCUGCUCUGAGGGAUCGAGAGAGCAGUGAGAAAAAGAAAAAAGUCUGGACUCCCUCACAGUAGGAGGAGGAACAGCAAGGGAAACCUUUAGUCCACAUGACCCUGUUUAUGCAUAUCAGCUGUUACGUAUGACAGUAACAGCUGGGGCAGAUGCAUGAUUGUCAUGACAGCAGUGGCCUUUAAAUUGCUUAGACUUGGUGCACUCAAGUUAUUUUGCAAUAACCUGUUUUGUUAAAGAUUCAAAUGCACAAACUAAACUGCUCUAAAGCAGUCCCAUUCAGUGCUACCAGUCCAUGCAGUCAGACCAGCAUCGUCUCAUGAACAAAAGCUGCUGAGAGAGCAAACAGGCUGUAUGGAAAACUGCCUAGUAUUCCUGUUUCUUACAACCUAAAGCCAGCUUCCCUCGUGUAAGGUACAUAACUAGGAUUGGCAGAUAUUUUUUUUUUUUAAAUCCCAUUUUCCCCAUAGGGAGUUGUUCUGCCAUCAUCUUUUCCCCCCAAAAGAACAAUUUAAGACUUGGUACAAUAAUUCAAGAAAACAUCUGACAUUGAGGGAUCUAUUGAUCAGUGAUCAAAAUUCAGUGGAAAACCAAAGAAUGGAAAACCUUGUGGUACAACCUUAGUUAUAGAAAGACUAUAAAGUUACUACUAACUAAAAUCGGUGAAGCAGCCAACCACAGGGUCUCUCAGCUCUAGUACAGAGGUGCCCCUUUCUGUAUCCCCUCUUGCGGGGAAGGUUGCAUCAGUACUGAGAAACAAUUAGAUAGUUACAAUAAAAUGGCUGGAAUGUCUGAUUUCAGGGAGGCUGUACAGUUAAAAAAAAAAAAAAUUUCAAUUACCGUCCCAUUAGAAUGGAGGAUAUGUUUAAAAUCUAUACCUAAUUAAAACUAUAGGUUUGGAGAAAAGUAGAGUACUCCAAAUUAUCUGAACAUCAUUCUAACAUAGGGGUUAAUGUUAAAGUGUAAUCGCUGAUGGCCUGGAAAGCAAGUGUCAAAAAAUAUGAUUAACAUCACACUUUUUGCAAGAUAGCAUAGCCAAAGCUACUCUACAGUUGGAUGCAAAUGCAAUGCCCAAAAUUUGCAUGGCCAGACCAGCUCCAGCUGUCAAAAACAAGUUAAGGACCAAUGUUAAGGUCUUUUGGAGCCAGUGGCCUUUUCCAAAUGCACAUCAUAUAAGUAGCAAGGAAUGAUAUGAAAUAACAAUCACAUUGACUCUAUCAGCAUACUGCACUGCAAUGCUGCUGCAUAAUGAUGUGAUUGAGCAAACUGUAGAUUGAUAGCAUGUAUGAAUUUGGCUCACAGGACAAGGUAUUAAAGGUGACAUCCACAGCUUUGAGGACAUUUGGCUGACUGAUUUGAAAAUGCCAAGGCAUGCACGUACAUAAUGCAACUGCAGUUGCAGUUUCUUCCUGAAAAGUUACACGUUCUAUGGUUAGGAAGACAGAGCUACUUUCAUGUGUCUGUAACAGUCCCUCCUCCCUAGGUCUGUGGGGAUAGACAGAGGACUUUCAACAUCAAAGCAAAGACUGCCACCAUUUGAGCUAAAGCAGUGACUAGCAGAUGCCUGCUCUCUCAUGAGCAUCAAGAUAGGGACAUGUUACAGCUAAUGUCAUCCUAAAGACUAAACCUUUUUAAAGGGAUGCAUUGUGAUGAGGUUUCAGAGUAGCAGCCGUGUUAGUCUCUAUCCGCUGUUCCUCAGACGUUCUUGUCAACUGCUGGAAAUGGCCCACCUUGAUUAUCGCUACAAAAGGUUCCCUCUUC